AUGGCAGAUAUCAUACCUCUGAUUGGAGUUGUGGCAACCAUGGCUGGUCUGCUCUGUUUUGGGCUAGGUGCAAAACCUUCGUUGGCAUCACCGGGGUCCGCUUGUGGCCUGGUUACCGAGACUGCACAAACUGGUGCACUGGUGGCACGGUCCGGUCACGCUGUUGUCGGGACUUCGCGGGUCUGCUGCGCUGGUGGCUUAGAUCGCGCAGUCUGGGGCACUAGUCAUGCGAGACACUGGAACGCUGAAAUGACACCGGUCGGACGCGAAGCUCGCGAGUUGCGAUGGGUCGCGCACAUGAAGCACGCGGGUCGGUGCAUGAGACACGGGUCACUCGCAGGAUGUAUGGUUGUGCACUGUCAGCACGAGUCUGUCUGCGCGGGUUGUGCACAGGAGGUGCUUGGGCGGCGCUUGGAAGCGCAUGGUGCUCCGGCACCGGCAUGUACGACUGUGGCUGGUGGUUCUGAUAACACCGGAUGUGAAAACAAAACUUUGAGAUCUUCUAUUGUAUGA